GCUUGUUUUUCAUUACAACACAUACUCUACUUGAACAACAUGUCGUAUUUGUGCAAAAUCUCUGUUGUAUUUUGUUUAUUAUUUACCUUUAUGAUAUCCUGUUCUGAAUCGAACAAAGAUGCCAAAAUUGCCUUUCCCAUUUUCGAUGUCAGCAGAUUUUGCUUCGACCGGUCAGUUUUCGCAAGGAGUAGAAAGAUAAUAUGCUUACUAUGCAAAGGAUUCGAUCCAUCAUGCUUUCAAUAUUCAACCUCUACUACAAGUACUUCUCCAAAAACUACAACUAGAACAACAACACCAAAUGCUACCAUUGCCCAACCUAAUACACCUACUGAAAUCCCUGCGACUAAACCAACUACUGAAGAAAGUGUGCCAACACCUGCCGCAGAGUGACGUCAUCUUUCCAAUAUUGCUAGGUUAUAUCCGUGUAAAAUUAAACUACUAAAAAUAUAUGUAAUUAUAUAAUAUGUGAUAUGCAAAAAAUAUAUUUCAUUUACAACUUUUUUUUAAUGAAAUAGGUAGCCGUAAAGGCAAAUGGGCUGGUGGUAAAUGGUCACCACCGUCCAUAGACAUUGGCGCUGUAAGAAAUAUUAACCAUUCCUUCGUCAACAAUGCGCACCAACAUUGCUUCAUAACUUCUGGUCAAAGGGAGAGGAGGCCUCAGCCCCAAAGCCCUGGGACAUUCAUAGGCUGUUACUUUACAAAACAAACAAAACUUUACUAACAGGUAUCGCCAAGUUGUCUUCCUUCAUCGCCAAGCUCUAGUUCAAUUAUAACACACAAACCAUGUCAACU